CCUGGGGCCGCUGGCUUGUGCGCCGUCUCGACCGCCCCCCCCCCCUUUCGCCGCCGCCGCCGCCGCCGCCGCCGCCCCGGGCAUGUCGUCCAACUGCACCAGCACCACGGCGGUGGCGGUGGCGCCGCUCAGCGCCAGCAAGACCAAGACCAAGAAGAAGCAUUUCGUGUGCCAGAAAGUGAAGCUAUUCCGGGCCAGCGAGCCGAUCCUCAGCGUCCUGAUGUGGGGGGUGAACCACACGAUCAAUGAGCUGAGCAAUGUCCCUGUGCCUGUCAUGCUAAUGCCAGAUGACUUCAAAGCAUACAGCAAGAUCAAGGUGGACAAUCAUCUCUUCAAUAAGGAGAACCUCCCCAGCCGCUUUAAGUUCAAGGAGUACUGCCCCAUGGUGUUCCGGAAUCUCCGGGAGAGGUUUGGGAUUGAUGAUCAGGAUUACCAGAACUCAGUGACGCGCAGCGCCCCCAUCAACAGUGACAGCCAGGGCCGCUGUGGCACGCGCUUCCUCACCACCUACGACCGACGCUUUGUCAUCAAGACCGUGUCAAGUGAGGACGUGGCCGAGAUGCACAACAUCCUAAAGAAAUACCACCAGUUCAUAGUGGAGUGUCAUGGCAACACGCUCUUGCCACAGUUCCUGGGCAUGUACCGCUUGACCGUGGAUGGCGUGGAGACCUACAUGGUGGUCACCAGGAACGUGUUCAGCCACCGCCUCACUGUACACCGCAAGUACGACCUCAAGGGCUCCACUGUCGCCAGAGAAGCCAGCGACAAAGAGAAGGCCAAGGACUUGCCAACGUUCAAAGACAAUGACUUCCUUAAUGAAGGGCAGAAGCUGCAUGUGGGAGAGGAAAGUAAAAAGAACUUCCUGGAAAAACUGAAACGGGACGUAGAGUUCCUGGCCCAACUGAAGAUCAUGGACUAUAGCCUACUGGUGGGCAUCCACGACGUGGACCGGGCGGAGCAGGAGGAGAUGGAGGUGGAGGAGCGUGCCGAGGACGAGGAAUGUGAGAACGACGGGCUGGGGGGCAAUCUGCUCUGCUCCUACGGCACGCCUCCCGACAGCCCGGGCAACCUCCUCAGCUUCCCCCGCUUCUUCGGCCCCGGGGAGUUCGACCCCUCUGUUGACGUCUAUGCCAUGAAAAGCCAUGAAAGUGCCCCCAAGAAGGAGGUCUAUUUCAUGGCCAUCAUCGAUAUCCUCACGCCGUACGAUGCGAAGAAGAAAGCUGCCCAUGCCGCCAAGACGGUGAAGCACGGGGCAGGGGCCGAGAUCUCGACCGUGAACCCUGAGCAGUACUCCAAACGCUUCAACGAGUUCAUGUCCAACAUCCUCACGUAGUUACCUUCUACCUUCAGCCAGAGCCAGAGAGCCGGAUGUGGGGUCGGGGUCGGAAAAGGGAGAGGGCGUAUUUGGGCUGGAUGGGAGGGUGGGGAGCAGAGGGGAGGGUGGGGAGCAGAGGGGAGGGCUUUGGUGAGGAGCCGGCACCCAGGACAGAAAGACCAGUGGGGGUGGGGAGGGGAGGUGCUGCGUGGACUCGUGCUCUCGCGGUGCACUUCACCUUCCGCUCCUUGAUUUUCCCCCCUUCUGACCCAGGUCAAAGAGGGGUUUCCUUUUUGUUCCCUUGUAACCUUUUACAAUACCUUGGGGCUAGAGAGGACUUUGUGGGUUUCUGUGGGUUCCGUCUCUGCGAUCUCAUUGCUCCAGGUUUGGUGUUUAUAAUGAUGUGUGUCAUCACCCCGUCACCCUCCCCAUCCCUGCCCUGCUCUGGGUUCCCUUCGGUUAGAGGGGCACCCCACUGGCCCGGCCAAGGGUCCACAUGCUCUGUUGCCAGAGGACAGGAGGUCAGACACCUCAGCCCUGCUGCACUGGAUCUUGUCUGGAUUAACUUUUGAUUGAAUGUUAUGGAGUAUUGUGCACAAUGUCCUCCUCCUUUUUGCCUCGGAUCCAAGUGAAAUGUUACCGGAUUCCUCCAUGUAAAUGCUGUCCUCCUGAAGGAAGGCUCCAGAUUAGCACCAGGCAUCUUGGAUGAGGAGAGAUCUCCCAGGGGCGUGAGUUCAUCCUCUGGGAUGGUCGGGGGUGGGGGUCGCGGCCGGGCUGUCGGACGGCAGGUUCUCACAGAACCCCGUGAACAUCAUCCAUGCCCCUGGCCCCUGGCCUUCACACCUCCUGUCCAUAAAGCCCGUCUCCUGUUGGGUCAAGAGGAACUAGGAAGCAUCUUUACAGAUAACAGGACCCCCAGUCGCCACUGGGUGUCAGAUGAGACCUGGUGUCCUCCAUCCAUUUACUUCCCUCUGACCUUGGCCCCGGGCACCCUCCCUCAUAGCUGAGCUUCUCGCUGGGCCACAUCUCUGCCUGCCCGGGCCCCUCCCUUCAGAGAAGCCUCUUCAAACGCCAGGGCCAUGGUGUAGACGAUCUGACGCCCCUGAGGCCCCGUGCCUGUGGGUCUGUCGCCCGGACAGUCGUGGCCUGCAGGGGGGUGCACCCCACCACCACCUUGGAGGGUGGCAUCCAAGCCUGAAGUUAUUUCAGAGUCACUUGAGGAGGGGACCCACGAAAUCCAGUCUGGAGGCUUGAUUUGGGGAUCGCCUGCCCCGGGCUUUGGGGGCGUUUUCCUUCACAGACCUGCCUCCCCCGGCCUUCCUCAGGAGUGGCGUCCUGAGCAUCCUUCAGGGCCUCUGCCCAGCUGCUGAGUGACCCAGGACUCAGGACUGAGCCACGUGUCCUCCUGUGACGCCGUCAGAGCAGUCUGGUCUGGCUAGGAAGGAAACAGCCCUGUGUCGGAACUGGGGACUUAGGAUGAGAUAUGAUGGAACUUGUACAUAACCCCACACAUGCGAAGCAAGUCUGUGGAAGCAUUUGGAACAAAUGGAUUGGUUUCCUGUGGCUCCUUCUAAACCCGGCCGGGCUCAGCUCCUGGAGCAGGAACCAGCACCGUGUCCGGGCCCUACCCACAGCUUUCAGGUCAGGGAGGAAGGGAGGCCACAUUCUUGGAGCCCACUGGGACUGCUAGAACCUUUCUGGAAGAGGCAGAGAGAUCAGACAGCCCCGGCCCCACGAAGGGGCGAGACCACCCAGUGACUUGGGGAAGAACUUGGAACCAAGUGGCUCAUGGAGAAAACCAGUCAGACUUAGGAAGAGAUUAUGUAGGAAUAACGUCUGGACGUCUGAUUUCCCCACCUCCUAAUCAAGAAUGAAAAUUUGGAUCUGCCCCUCAGGAGGCCCAACGUCUUCAGAGCCUGGUGGGCUGUCCCCCCCGCCACGGCCACAGCCUUGGGCUCCCGGCGGCUUCCUGCGCUGGGUCUGCUGAUCAUGUUGCCAUCAUGUGUAUGAAAAAUGUAACACGAUCCUUCAGUUCAAGAUGAGCUACCAGGUAUCUAACUUCUUUAACAUUGAGUUUUUGUGUUUUCGUGGGUUUCUUAUUUUUUUUUUUCCUGGUAUAUUGUUUACAUUUCGAGAGUAGCAUUCUGUUUCAAAUGCUCUUUUUGUUUUUCUGACAGUAUUGUUGUUUGGGUCAAAAACCUGAGCUGUGGUUGGGUGGAUUUGAGGUGGGUUUUUUUUUAUUGUUUUUUUGUUUUUGGUUUUUAAGGUCAUUCUCUGUGCUAUCUUCAAAACCUUGGGUUUGGCCCUCUAAUUCCUUUGGCAUUCAGGUGUUCAAAAACUGUUUAUUUUGUUUUAUACCAGUUUUCUUUCUCUUUUUGUAAUGAUGCAGGUAUAUUUGGGUUGUGGUCUGAAUGUGGAGAAAGUGAACUGGUCCCCAAGCUUUUGUGUGCCCCCAUUCCUUUCUCCGAGCCCCACCGUUCCCUCUGUGGGCUGUAGAAAGCAUCCGAGGGCAAGGGACUUCGCUCAACCUUCCUCUCUGGAGCCCCGAGGAAAAGCUCCAGUAGUCUCCGAGCACCCCGGAAUAGUUUGGGGUCUCCCAAGAACAAGGGUGUAAGAAUAGGACAGGACUGCCGGGAUGGAGCCUGGAUGGGGAAGCCCGUGUGCAGUUCCUCUCCGUUCCCCACACUGACCACCUAGCCGCUCACAGCUUCUCCCGUCCUGAAGCCUAUGGCUGAGAAAUCCAUUUCCCAGGCCUCCCAGCCCAAGCGAGGGUUCUCUGGAAACUCCACUUAGACCACUAGAUGAAGGACUCUGGCCCUUGUUCCUUUUAGUGAACCACUGAGUCUUUGUCCCCCAGUGCAAGCUCCUUCCCUGUGCCCUGCGUUUUGGGGGUCCUGGGCAGAAGCCAGCAGUUCCAGGAGCAGCUGAAGCAGCACUCCGUCUCUCCUUAUCUAGCUCAGGGGUUACUGGUCUGUGGCGGGUGCCACGAGUCGCCCCUGUGGCUGUUCUCAGUGACACCCCCUAAGUUUCCACCACAGGCAGCUCUUCCUUCCCUCUCCCUUCCUCCUCUUCCUUUCUCUUGCCUGUGCUUUAGGCCUCAAACUGGUCCCCUGGUCAUGCUCAGGGCUGGGGACUAGACUCCUACCCUAAUGACGUUCCCCUCUUCAGUCUGCCAGGACCUGCCCCGGGGAGGUGGACCAAAGACCCAGGACUUUUCUCAGCAGCCAAUCCCACCCCCCCACCCCGUUGUCUUUUUACUAAUUCAGGUUGGGAGGGAAAAAACUUCAGCACUCCCUAGCAUUUGAGCUACUCAAGUGUUAGGGGCCAGAAGGGACCGUGUGUUUCAACAGCCUUUACAGCUCUGGCCUUAGAGCUGUGUGGCUCCCCCGAGUCUAGGGACCUCACUUCCUUUUGACAGAAAUGUGGGGAGGGUGGGUCCAGCCUGAGCACAGGAAUCAUAGGGAAAACCCAUUGGAGCAACUGCCCCCAAAUCCACCAGCUGUCUGCAGGGGGCAGGGACGUGGCCCACCUUCCCUCAAGAGACAUGCCAUGGAGGAAUAGCGCCUCCAAAGGGAAGAGGAGACUCAGCUGUCCCCAGUGGGUCAUGCUGAGAUGCUUGGGAGGCAGGGGAGGAAACUUCCAAAGGACCCCCCUUCCCCUACACAGAGCUGUUUCUUGAGUUGUGAACCAGCAGCCUUUAGCGGGGGGCCGGAGCUGCUCAGCACACCCUAACAUCAGGUCAGAUUACUGUCAUCAAAAAGUGUGAACGAAGCUUAGACUGACCUCGUGGGGGAGCGGGAUACACUAGCACCCGUCAUAAUUACGUGACUUCUCGGUUUCCUCACUGCGACCUCCAUUUUUUUAAAAUAGGAAUUUUCAGCCCCUUGUGCUUGUCUAAUGUCUGCUCGGAACAGUUCGAGACCCUGUUACUGUUUUAAAAUGCAUGCAUGUUAAGAUGAAUCUCCAGCCCAAGGAACAAAUAAAACUCAAAAGGCUUUGUGUA